UUUGAAUAGAAUAGUCAAGGAAAACUCAUUAAAUAACGCUAUAUUAUAUACCCACCAUUCUCUUCUACAAAUCAUACACAUCCUCAGAGACAAAAAAAUGAAGGCCUAUACCUUAAUUCUCUCCUUAGCUUUCUUGCUUGGAACCUCCUCAGCAGAACAAUGUGGAAGUCAGGCCGGUGGAGCUGUAUGUCCAAAUGGGUUGUGUUGUAGCAACUAUGGCUACUGUGGCAGCUCAAAUGACUACUGUGGGUCUGGCUGCCAAAGCCAAUGUGGAACCCCAACCGCAUCCCCGACACCUAGCGGCGGCGGCGAUGUCAGCAGCAUCAUCAGCAGCUCUCUUUUCGACCAGUUGCUUAAAUAUCGAAACGACGGGCGAUGUAAAAGCAACGGAUUCUACACAUACAAUGCUUUCAUCGCUGCUACACGAUCUUUUGGUGGCUUUGGCACAAAUGGUGAUGUUAAUACACGUAAAAGGGAGAUUGCAGCUUUCUUGGCUCAAACCUCUCAUGAAACCACAGGAGGAUGGGCAAGUGCACCAGAUGGCCCAUAUGCAUGGGGUUAUUGCUUUGUUACGGAAACCAACAAGCAAACCUACUGUACGCCGUCUAGUCAAUGGUCGUGUGCUGCCAGCAAACAAUAUUAUGCGGGUCCGAUUCAACUCACUCACAACUACAACUACGGGCCAGCAGGCAAAGCCAUUGGAGUUGAUCUCAUAAGCAAUCCAGAUUUGGUAGCCACCGACGCAACAAUAUCAUUCAAGACAGCCAUAUGGUUUUGGAUGACCCCACAGGGAAACAAGCCGUCUAGCCAUGAUGUCAUCAUCGGAAAAUGGACACCGUCCGCUGCGGACACGUCAGCUGGUCGGGUUCCGGGCUAUGGUGUGAUCACUAACAUAAUCAACGGUGGGUUGGAAUGUGGGCAUGGUGCUGAUGAUAAAGUGGCUGAUAGGAUCGGGUUCUACAAAAGGUACUGUGACAUAUUGGGAGUAAGCUAUGGGGACAACUUAGAUUGCUACAAUCAGAGGCCUUUUGCUUAAGCUAGCUAGCUAGCUGCUAUGACUCCAAAGCACGUAUAAUAAUUAAGGAGACAAUAAUAUAACCCUAUGUAAUUGGAGAGAUUUUCUUGUUCGGUGAGAAAAUUUCUACAUUACAGCUGAAUAAAGAAGUCAAGAGUUUUAUUAAUAAACUUGAAUUUGGAGGUGCAGCUUCCAGAUCAAUUGUAUUCA